GGUUUUUGCUCUGAUGGCUUUUUUGUAAGAUUAUGAGUGGAUUAGAUUGUUUGACGGGUCAGAACCUAGUGAAGGCUGAAUAUUUUAUCCCUGUUCCCACGCGAGCGAACAGGUACCGAGGUGUAGCUCAAUCUUUUUAGCUUCUUUUUUCCCUUUGCUUCCUUUACCAAGAAACCUAAAAGGAAUCCCAAAUCAUUAUCCACAUACCGCGCAUACGAAAGUCACACAGAGAUUUGACUGCACAUCACACAGGGGACCCAUAUUCAUUACCCACAAUCUACCUCUCAUCUAAUCCUCCCAUCAUCCUCCACCACUCAUUCCCACGUUUCAAUCCCUACGUUCUUCCUCUAAGAAUCUGAGGUACACCCAUUACACAAUACUAUUCCAAAACCUAUCUCGAGCCAUCUAAUCUUCAGUGAACCCUUGGACAUCUCGCAAAUCGCUGCCGUCAUGCGUCUCCUGAGAAAGAUCAUGAUAGCUUGGUACCCUUGCAUCCUUACACCCUUACAGCUCUGUAGGGUUUAAAGUAGCUUUGAGCUCGUCACUCCCGUAUCAUUAGCAUCGGGCUUAGUUGUGGGGCACAGAUGGCUUUCUAUACAGUGAGAGUAACUCAAUGGUAUCUAAUAUUUCCAAUGGAAUCAAAGAGUUGGCUUUGUCUGGCUGAGGUAUCCUCCCGUUAGCCAGCCACGUUGAGACUCAAAGUGGAUGAUCAAUUUUCAGAGUCAACGUCCUAUCUAGUCAAGCAUCAUUUGAAAAGCUUCAUAAACGGCCGAGAUGGCUUCAUCUUUCCAAGACAUCAACGGCACAGUCUUUCAUUCAGUUCCUCAUUGUCUCCACGCCUCCACUUCCUACCCAUUAGCAAGUCAUUCUAGUGUUCAUUUUCCCGUUAUUUGAAGUUACAGCAUCUUCAAAGCCUCAAAACUACAUACACAAUGGCCGAUGGAUUGAACGAUCAAAGAACUGCUCGGGUAGCAGAUAUUCUCUCCGAUUUCCGCACUCUUCAAUACUACAUCGCUGCUGCUCCUACCGACCCGUCAAACAUGGAUGAUUACUACACUGAAGGGUAUGCCGCUCUUCGUCAAUGCUCCUUAGAUGGCCAGCAUAUCCUGAACUGUGCUGCUGAAACUCGAGUCCCACGAGUUCGCGGUGGUGCAGAUGAGCAAUCGAAAGCAGAAUUGCAACAGGUACUCCUUGAUGCGUUUUCUCGCCGUCACGAGGCUCAAAAGAUCUACCUUCGCCAAGGUGCGGCACAGCGUUGGAUCAGUUACAGAGAUCAAGUGUUACAGGGUCAGAGACCUCAUACCGGGCACACGGAUCAAUUGAACGCAUGCGAUGUGCAGCUCCGAGCAGAAUUGGUAUCGAUCACAGACGAGGCCAUCUACUCGGAUUUACGGUCGUCCGAUUAUGGCAUGGGGCGCUGGACGCAAGAAGAUCCGAGCUUGAGACAGGUGCAGAGAUGGGUUAGGGCUAGACGUUAAGCUGUCAUUGCUCGGAAUUGAAGCACGUGGGCGGGAAGAGGAGAUGCGACUGCCGAGGUUGAGUCGGGAGAUGUGGGACGGGGGUGAAUCGGGUGAAUGGAGUGCUGUAAUACUAUUGUUGUACAGGAAGAUGGAUUUGGGAAUGUUUGAUGGCUCUUAUCGAAUUGGGAUUGUUUGGGUGAUUGGAUUGGAUUGGGUUGGAUUGGGUUGGCAUGGCAUGGCUUGGAAUUUUCUUACGCCUAAAAUGGUUGGCGAUGGGCAUGGAAUGGCGCACACAUCAGGUUUCCCCUGGCCCUGGCGGUUGGGUUUUCUUUGGCUACUUACUUCCUUGUUUGUUAUAUGGGAUUAGACGAGAGGUAGUUCAGACUUAGAGCAUAGAGCUGUGCUAGUGUAUCUAAAGUUAACUUGUCAAUUUUGAAUCAAGGAAUUGAGAUAUA